GUCAAUAAAUUGAGUUUUUGAUGACAGUUGUUUCGAUUUGUUCAUAGUAUCAACACUUUCCUAGAAAUCGUCAUUAUUUUAAGUUAUUUAACUACAAAAAUUUGUUACAAUGUCUUCUCCACCCGGUUGCACCUAGUGGCCAUGUACGACAGCACAUGCGGCGCGGCUGCCACCGGGCAAUGUGGAAAGUCCCAGCGCGAGUGCGAGGGCUUGCCUUCGCGCGAGCCCCCGCCUGCACCACUCGAACGAGAUUAUAGUGGAUUCGACAUAGUAAAAGCCACACAGUACGGUGCUUUCGGUCGUGUCAAAGAACUUGUAGAGGCAGGCUGGGAUGUCAAUCAGCCGGACCAUGAAACUGUUACAUUGCUGCACUGGGCGGCGAUUAACAACCGCCGAGAAAUCAUUGAAUAUCUUCUAUCGAAGGGUGCAAUCGUAGAUGCGGUCGGCGGUGAAUUGCAAUCGACGCCCCUGCACUGGGCAACUCGACAAGGCCACUUGGAGGCGACCGUGCUGUUGGUGCGAGCAGGCGCCGACCCGACGCUACGCGACGCGGAAGGCUGCGCCUGCCUGCACCUGGCGGCACAGUUCGGGCACACGGCGGUGGUGGCGUACCUAGUAGCGCGCGGGGUCGACCCUGACGCGCCUGAUGCCGGCGGUAUGACGCCGCUCAUGUGGGCCGCCUGGAAGGUGUCCGCCGUCGAUCCCACGCGCCUGCUGCUCACACUUGGUGCAUCCACAUCUCCAGUGGAUCGUUCGCAUGGGAACACUGCACUGCAUUGGGCGAUACUGGCUCGGAACACAACUGCUAUUUCUACUCUUGUACUAUAUGGCAACGCGAGCCUGGACGUUCCCAACCUGCGCGGCGCCACUCCCGCCGCCAUGCUGCAGGCGGGCGACUGUCUCUGGCUGGGCUCCAAAGUGGCAGACAGGGUCCGAGAGCACGCACUGCUCACCACCAGGAGAAGCAUCUUCCGCAGGUUAACGUACGAAAAGAAGUUCAGAUGGUGGUGCGUGGUGGCGAUGCCGUUCAUGGCGUUCUACGUCACCGGCCUGGUCUUGGAGAUCGACACUCUCUACAUGUUUAAGAUGUUCCUUCUCGUCUGUUUCUAUGCAGUGCUACAUUUCCUCGGCAAUGCACUUUUCGACGAUGAACUAAAGAAUAUAUUCCCCUUGAGCGUUUACUUAGCUACAAAGGUCUGGUUCUACAUAACGUGGGCGGCGGUGAUCGCGCCGGCGGUGGGCGCGCCGGCCACGCUCGCCUUCCUGCUGUGCUCCGCCGCGCUCUGGUACACCUUCCUGCGCUCGUGGCGCAGCGACCCCGGCGUCAUCACCGCCACCAAGACGGAUAAGUUCCGAACGAUCAUCGAGCUGUCGGAGGGCAGCGGCGGCGGGUUCGAGCCGGCGCGCUUCUGCUCGGCGUGCCUGGUGCGCCGCCCGCUGCGCUCCAAGCACUGCUCCGUCUGCAACCGCUGCGUCGCCAAGUUCGACCACCACUGCCCAUGGGUGGGCAACUGCAUCGGGGCCAACAACCACCGCUACUUCCUCGGCUUCCUGGCCUCGCUGCUGGUGAUGUGCGCGUGGAUGGUGUGGGGCGGCGUGCAGGCGGUGCGCGCGCAAUGCGCGCUGGCGCCGGGCGCGCGCGCGCUGCUGGACGCGCUGCGCUGCAACGCCUGGCUCAGCUGGGUCAUGCUCAACGCGCUCUUCCACCUCUUCUGGGUGGCCGUGCUCACCGGUUGCCAGCUCUAUCUGGUGGUGUGCCUCGGCAUGACGACCAACGAGCAGCUGAACCGCGGCCGCUACCGGCACUUUCAGGCGCGCGGCGGUCGCUCGCCUUUCACACGCGGACCGCUCAACAACUGCGCCGACCUGCUGGGAGUGCGGCUGUGCGGGCUGGCCGCGCCGCGCGACACCGACUGGGCCGCCGCCGGCCUCGACGACGAGCCCGACACCGACACCGACACAGAGCCUAUGCUGCGACACGCGCCGCAUGCACACCACCUCGUCUGAGCCCUCCGCUAGGCCGA